CCCCUGCGGGAAGGACUCCCCAACGAAAGGAAGCGAGCAAAAGAAAAGUGAGAGCGCCUUUCUCGAAACGUCGCGUGAAGUUGGAAUCGAAAUCGAACCGAGGAUCGCAUUUUGUGCAAGUUCACGGUCAAGGCUAACGGUGUGCGAGUGUGCGUACGUACGUGUGUGUGUGUGUGCAAGUCGCAACUGGUGAAAAGAAAGUGAAACGAGCCCCCCAAAAUACGCAUUGCUCGAUCGCAAUGUUGCCAAUUGUGGUGAUGAUCGUUUGUCUGAUCGGUGGAAGCUUCGCGGAUAUCGCGUCUUCCAUCAAGGUGUGCUCACGAAAUGACCCCGACUUGAGCCGUUGUAUCAUCGAUUCGGUGAACGAUUUGCGGCCUCGAUUGGCUACGGGGAAAAUCUCUGAUGAGUUCCGGAUUCCGCCAUUAGAGCCACUUGCCCUAUCCACAGUGAACAUGGACCGAGGUGCUGAGUUUAAGGCCACCUUUAGCGAGCUACUUGUGACGGGACCGAGCAAGUUCAAGAUCGACAACCUUAAGGUUAACAUCGAGAAGCUGAUCUUCGACUUCAACAUCUUCCUGCCGAAGCUGUCGUUCAAGGGCAAGUACGAUCUGAAGAUCAAGCUGUUGUUGUUGAACAUCGCUGGCGUAGGCGAUCUCACUGGCGUCGUCGAGAACAAUCACGCACGUGUGAAGCUGAUGUGCGAGAAAUAUAUGCGAGAUGGCGUCGAGUAUAUGCGCGUGAAGAAGAUGCUCGUGCGCAUCCAGAUCGAAAAGGGUCGGUUCGAUAUGAAGGACCUGUUCCGUGGUGAUCCCGUGCUCAGUCAGGCCGGCAAUCAGUUCAUCAACGAGAACUCGCGGCUUUUCCUCGACGAGCUGACGCCUGGAUUGGAGCGUAGCCUGUCCGAUACCUUCAAGGCGACCUCAAACGAGAUCAUGCAGCAGGCCACCUUCGAUGAAAUCUUCCCGGCGUAGGCCAAACGACCCGUAAAGGACCUCCCGAAGGGCAUCCCGGGAAACGAUCUGUGAUGUGGCUGAGCGUCGAGUGGCGUACGUCAGCGGUUGUAGCGUUUAGUUGACGAUGGUACCUUCUUUAAGUAGCUCUAGCUCUCGGUCAGAGGGAAAAUAUACGGUUGUUUGCAAAUAAA